AUGGCGCUAAAAUCCACAAACGGUACACAUGCUGGUCCCACCGCCUCUGCGACCAGCUUGGCCUCUUUGGCAGCCAAUAUCUCCGAAAAGGCGGCAAGCCUCAGCACAUAUCUGGAGUCCCAGGGCCAUGCACAGCCCAGCUUCCUCCCGGGAUGCGCGGACCCUCCUGAGACUGAAGGGUACCUCACUCUUCACACGAGCCUCACCUCUUCUCUAGAGGAUCUUCAGCGCCUCGUUGAUGGCCCAAGGCGCAGCCUGCGCCCAUUCAUCAUGAUUGGUAACGACUUGGCGGCGCUGCAAGUAGCCUUCGAUUUUGGCUUUUUCCAGCUGGUUCCGCCUGAAGGGUCCAUGGAUGUCGAAACACUUGCACACAAAGUAGGAAUUGACGCCGAUCGAACGGCGCGUGUGCUGCGUAUGUUGGCAACGCAUCGUAUCUUCGUGGAGCCCAAACCUGGAUUUUUUGCACAUACGGCGGCUUCGGCGGUGUUCCAUGAUGACGAGGAGCUCAGAUGUGCCGGACACUACAUGCUCGAUGAAUGCUUCAAGGCUGCCACGGCUUGUUCAGAUUGCAUCAAAGCAUCGCCCGACGACUCCGAUAGCACACACUCUCCCUUCAACACCUACUUCGGUGUGCCAAUGUUCUCGUACUAUGAGCAAAACCCCCAAUUUGCGGCGCGUUUCGCAAAGGCAAUGGCCGGGGUUACUCGAGUGGAUCGUCAAAUCGCCGAACUGAGAGACUGUUUUCCUUGGGGCGACAUCAACGGCACCGUAGUUGACGUUGGAGGCGGCAGUGGCCACAUCUCCAUGGCUUUGGCUCGCAAUUUCCCUAAACUUGACUUCAUCGUCCAAGAUGACUCCGAAAAGAUGCUCGCGCAGGGUCGGGCGCGCAACUUGAGCGACAUCGAGGGCCGCAUCUCCUUCAUGAAGCACAGCUUCUUCCACCCACAGCCUAUUGGCGGCGCCGGCGCGUUCUUCAUCCGCCAGUGCACGCACAACUGGUGCGACCGCGACGUGGUCAAGAUUCUCAAGUCUCUCGUGCCGGGGCUAGAGAAUUCUGCACCUGGGACGCCACUGCUUAUCAACGACACUGUGCUCCCGGUGCCGGGGUCAAAGCCCUUGCAUGAGGAGCGCGCUCUCAGGCAGAUGGACAUGCUCAUGUUUGUAGUUCUGGGUGCUAAGCAGCGAACAGCAAAGGAGUUCGAGGCGUUGUUGAAGGAAGCCGAUGCGAGGUAUGAGAUUCGUCGUGUUCAUGCUGAUGGCAGCAUGGGUCUAGUCGAGGUUCAUCUGAAGAUUUGA